AUGCUUAGAAGAUUGGCGACCCGAAGUUUUGGAUUUCUCCCUAAAGAUGUUGUCAUCGUAUCAGCUCAGCGCACUCCUAUUGGAAGCUUUAUGGGAUCUCUCAGUACAGUCCCUGCAACCAAACUUGGAGCCAACGCUAUAAGAGCAGCUCUUCAGAAAAUCAACCUUGAUCCAAAGGAAGUUAAUGAAGUCAUCAUGGGUCACGUCCUUCAAGCUGGCUGUGGUCAAGCUCCUACCCGUCAAGCAACUCUCUAUGCAGGACUUCCUCAGGAAACAAUUUGCACUGGAGUCAACAAAGUCUGCUCAUCAGGUAUCAAAGCUGUCGUAUAUGCAGCCCAAAGCAUCGCCCUUGGUGUUUCUGACGUAAUUGUGGCUGGAGGUAUGGAAAGCAUGAGCUUAGCCCCAUUCUUGCUUCCUAACUACAGAUCAGGCCAAUUAAUGGGAGAUGGAGUCCUCUAUGACUCAAUCACUUAUGACGGCCUCAACUGCCCUUUCAAUAAAGUGCUAAUGGGAGCUUGCACAGAAAAAACGAUCAUAAAAUACGGACUCACAAGAGAAGAGCAAGACAAAUUCUGCAUUGACUCAUAUAAAAGAGCUGCAGAUGCCUGGGCAAGAGGAUUCUUUAAAACUGAAGUGACUCCUGUAGAAGUUGAAGGCAAAAAAGGAGUGGUAUUCGUUGAUGAAGAUGAAGAGUUCAGAAAAGUAAAAUUCGAAAAAAUCCCAUCAUUGAAACCAGUUUUUGAUAAAAAUGGGUCUAUUACAGCUGCAAAUGCUUCGUCUAUUAAUGAUGGAGCUUGUGCAUUAGUUGUAAUGAGUGCAGAUAAAGCUAACUCCUAUCCCUAAGUUUAUAUAAUGCUAUUAGAUUUUUAUUAAAAUUUCUAACUCCCCCCCUCCGUGAGUGAACAAAACCAUUAGAAAAAUCGCUAUUUUUUGCCCAAAAACCCACCCUCCGUGAGUGAACAAAAAUUUUUUUAAUAGAAAAUUGUUUUAUGUAAAAAAAUUUUGAUAUAUAAAUGAUAAUUAUUAUAAUGAAAUCUAGAGCUAAUUCUGUUUAAUUUUAAACGAAAUUGCUUUUUAGAACAUAAAGUUUUAUAAAUUAAAUUAAUAUUUGCUUUCCAAUUUUUGCGAAUUAGGAUUUUUUUUAAAUUUCGAAAAAAAAUAUUUUUUAUAAAAUUUAUAUAUAAAUUUUUUAAAAAACAAAAAUUAAAACCCCCCCUCCGUGAGUGAACAAAAUUUUUUUUGUUCACUCACGGAGGGGGGGAAGUAAAUAUUUUUUAAUAUAAAUUUUUUUAAACUCUCUUAAAAAAAAUGAUCAAAAAACUUGCUCACCCUUAUAAAUGGAGCAAGAAGCUUGGAUAUAAACCUCUUGCAAAGAUCUUGUCAUUUGCUGACUCUGAAACUGAGCCAACUCACUUUGGAAUUGCUCCAGCAGAAGCUAUCAAGAAAACAAUAGAAAGAGCUGGGCUGACUAAAGAGAGAGUUGAUUUGUUUGAAAUAAAUGAAGCGUUUAGUGCUGUAGUUGUGGCGAAUAUGAAAUUAUUCAGCAUUAUAAUAAAUGAGUAAAAAGAAUGCUAUAAUUCGAUUAAAAAAUAAAAUAAUUAAUAUGGUAUAUUAGAACUUGACCAUUCUAAGGUAAAUGUCAAUGGUGGAGCAGUUUCUCUUGGACAUCCACUUGGCAUGUCAGGUGCUAGACUUAUAUCAACACUAAUAUAUGCAUUGAAAGAAAAAAACAAAUCAAUUGGAGUUAUGGGAAUUUGCAAUGGAGGCGGUGGAGCUACUUCAAUGGCAAUUGAGUUAGUUUAA